AUGACAAGCUCAGAAUUUCAUGAUAAUAAUUCAACGACUAUUGAUGAUGCAAGUAUCAGUAGUGAGAAAGUGAAUAGAUUUGAAGGUAAUGAUGUACAACCUAAUUCGCUCAAAAACAGGAGCAGAAGUAACAGUAGAGGUGAAGACAAGGAAAGUUUAGAAAGGUUAAUCACUAAUAACAGAGGUGUGGAAAGAAUUAUAACAGAAUUAGAAGCAGGUGCAGGUAAAUUAGGUGACUUAGAAGAGCCUUAUGAUAUAAAGAAGAUCGAAACACAUCCAGAUCCAAAUUCUACUCUCAAUGAGCAAGAUCCAUGGAAAUAUCCUAUUGACCAAGAAACUGGCUUAAGGUUGGUGGAAUUUGUACCCGGUGAUGAAAAGAACCCGAUGAAUAAAUCAAACCCUUUGAAAUGGUGUUAUACUGCAGUUUUGGGUGCAAUUUGUUUCGUUGUUGCUUUAGGUUCUGCUAUUGUCACCGGUGAUAUUGGCGGCCAAGUAGAAUAUUUCCAAGUUAGUGAAGAAGUUGUUAUUUUAGCUACAGUAACCAUGUUUGUUCUUGGAUUUGGAUUUGGACCAUGUGUAUUCGCUCCUGUUUCAGAAGAACUUGGUAGACAACCAGUUUAUGUUGUAACAUUAUUCCUUGGCCUCGUUUUCAUUAUUCCUUGUGCUUUGGCGAAGAACAUUGGAACCAUGAUUGUCUGUAGAUUAAUUGAUGGUUUAGCAUUUUCGGCUCCAAUGUGUCUUAUUGGUGGAUCGUUAGCUGAUAUCUGGGAUGCCAAGGAGAGAGGUGCUGCGAUGGCCAUUUUCUCAGCCGCUCCAUUUUUAGGCCCAGUUAUGGGUCCAAUUUUUGGUGGUUUACUUGGUGACUAUGCAGAUACUUGGAGAUGGAUCUACUGGACUUUCUUGAUCAUUGCUGGUUUUUUCUAUAUUAUUUUUGUUGCUGUCCUUCCUGAGACUCACCACCAAACACUCUUAAAAAGGAGAGCUAAGAAGUUGAGAAAGGAUACUGGGGAUGACAGAUACAGAGCAAUUUCGGAAUUAAAGAUCAAGACGUUCAAGCAAGUUUGUAAUGAUUCCUUUUUACGUCCAUUCAUAUUAUUGUCCGAAUUAAUUGUGUUUUUGAUGACCUUAUAUAUGUCAGUCAUUUACGGAUUAUUGUACAUGUUCUUCUUUGCAUACCCUAUUGUCUUCGGUGAAGGUAAGGGCUGGAGUGAUUCCAAGAUUGGCAUUAUGUUUAUUCCAAUCGGCGUUGGUGUGCUUAUUGCUACAGCUUGUGCCCCAUUGAUUAAUAAAGAUUACAAUAAGAGAGCUCAAGUCUAUAGAGACAGAGGAGAAUUACCACCACCCGAAUUAAGAUUAAUUCCUAUGAUGAUCAGUUGUUGGUUCGUGCCUGCUAGUUUGUUUUCAUUUGCAUGGUCCUCUUAUCCUAGUAUUUCGUGGGCAGGACCUUGUUUCAGUGGUAUUGGUGCUGGAUUUGGGUUCUGCUGCUUGUAUAACCCAGCCAAUAAUUAUAUUGUUGAUUCUUAUCAACAUUAUGCUGCUAGUGGAUUAGCAGCUAAAACAUUAGUCAGAUCGAUUUGGGGUGCGUGUGUUCCUUUAUUCACCAUUCAAAUGUAUCACAGAUUAGGUUAUCAAUGGGCUAGUAGUUUAAUGGCAUUUAUCUCAUUAGCAUGUUGUGCCAUUCCAUAUGGAUUCUACUUCUACGGUGCAAAGAUCAGGACUUAUUCCAAAUAUGCUUACACUCCUGAAGAUACAGGUGUAAAGGAUAGCGAAAAUCAAAAAUAA